CACACACACACACACAUAUAUAUUUAUAAGAUGUAAAAUAUGCACAUAGAAUAAUACAUUAAAUAGAGAUAAUCAGUUGUUUCAUCAGGUGUAAGACACAUUUUUUUUCUGUCUUUGGUAUAUCAUAUUAUUAAAUGUAAUUGAACAAAGAAAAGAGACAUGUCACGAGUUAGCUAUUCAUUCAGAAAUAUACGCGUCGAAUUGAAACAAAGAUUGAUAGUUAAGAAAGUAAUCUUAAAGAAUGAUUAAUAUUCAUAUAUGUAAGGAAGUGAAAUGCACAUAGUUCACAAUACAAAGUCAAUCAAUUGAGUAUUCAUCUCCAUUUCAUUACGCUUGUUACGAUAUAUUGUAAGCGUGAUUAUGAAUGCUUGACAUGAAUAAAUUCAGCAAACACUUGCGGUGACGCAGGGUUCAGUCUUUUUUUUAACUCAACCGACGGCGAUGAAUUUAGUCUGGUUGUGACAUUCUCAAGUGACAUGUGAACAUGCAAAUUUUUAAAAGGAAUUAGCAAGUACAAAGUACUGCAUUCCAGAAUUUUUAUCUCUGACGUAUAAAAUAUGGUGAUAAAACGCCGAUAAAACAAUAUUUUAAUACUUUAAUUAUUAAAGAGAAUUUGUAACAUCGGAACAUUAAAAAAGUUGUGAGGGAUUGAAGUUUGUCUUUCUAUUAAAUUGUAAAAAGAUUUAUAGUACAUAAGGUGUGCUUCUUUGUUUUAAGUAAAUAUUAUAUGAUAUUUUUAAUGGAUUGGUGUAGAAAAUUACUUCAAAAAAGAAAUACUAUUUCUGUGGAUGAUGAAUUGGAAACUGUUGCUGCAAGAAAAGAACGAUGGAGAAGUAUUUAUGCAAUUUAUUUUACCAUGUUUCUCAUGUCUCUUGGAUUUAGUAUUAUACUCACAGGAGUGUGGCCAUAUCUUGAUAAGUUGGACAAAAAUGCUGGUAAAGAAUUCAUGGGAUAUGUAGUUGCAGCGAACCCUUUGGGACAAAUGUUAUUUUCUCCUUUAGUAGGCUGGUGGGGAGAUAGGAGAGGUUCUAUAAGACUUCCACUUUUAUCAACAUUACUUUUAUUUACAUUUGCGUCAGGAUUAUAUAGUGUCCUUGAAAUUGUACCAGGUGAUCGAAAAAUGUAUAUGAUAGUUGCUAGAUUCUUGGUUGGAGUUAGUUCUGGUACUAGGAUUUGUGGUAGGACCUGGUUUGCAAGCUGCUGUUACACCUCUUGGAGAAACAGGGAUAUAUUUCAUAAGUGUACCUGUUAAUAUGUACACUAUGACAGGUUGGAUAAAUGUUAUAAUGGGAAUUCUUAAUUUUGUUUUAUUCCUUCCAUGGAAUUUUACGGAACAUAGAAUUGCUAUUCGUGAAGCAAUGAGAAAUGAAGGGAAACAAACUGAGGAGGAAACACUGAAGGCUAUAAAACCAGACAAUAUCGCGGCUUUAACAUUAAUAUGUGCCUUUUUUGUUUUAGUAUUUAAUUUUGUUCUUCUUGAAACACUUGGUACUUCUCUAACUAUGGAUCAAUUUGCGUGGUCGAAAACGGAAGCUUUGUAUUAUAUGGGUUUAUUGAUGAGCAUUGGAGCAAUUAUGUCAUGCAUUACAUUUGUUAUGAUUGAACCCUUAUGUAAAAGAUUUAAUGAACGUAAGGUAAUGUUAUGGGGUGGAUUUUUAUUUAUGGUAAUAGGGAGGAUUUUAUAUAUUCCUUGGGGACCAGAUCCACCGAAAAUUGCUGAUUAUGGACCAUUUAACAACAUUACAAAAGAUGCGAAUGGCACAGACAUUGUAGGAUGUCCACGUAAUCAAGAAUGGUGUACUUAUACACCACAACUUACCGUUACACAGUUUUUCAUUGGAUAUGGAUUUACCACUAUAGGAUAUCCGUUAGGUGUUACUUUAAUACAAACUAUCUUUAGUAAAGUAUUAGGACCUCGUCCACAAGGAGUUUGGAUGGGUUUUAUGACAGGUGCUGGAUGUGCUUCUCGUGUGUUAGGUCCAAUAUUUGUUAGUGUAGUUUAUAAUCGUUUUGGAACAUAUCAUACGUUUGGUAUUACUGGUUUAACAUUAAUAGUAUGUAUGAUAUGGUUACAAAUCGUCAACGAACGACUAGUUCCGCCAAAAGCAAUUCUAUCAAAAGAUGCGGAAAUUCCAUUAGUUCAUCUUAAAUCUAACGAUGCUCAAGGAUCAAAUGAUGCACAAGAAAACAAUAAAUGUGAGAGAUAUGACAAAGUUGGUACCUGAAUGUUGGAGCAGGUGGACCAGGGGCUGGUGGCAAUGGUCUUGGUUCUGGCUUACUUGGACCUUGAAGAGGUUGAGGAGCAAGGAAAGGUGUGGAACCACCUGGAUGACCAGGAUGGUGUAGAGUAAGUGGGGGUAAUAAAUCUUCUCCCCUUACUUCAACUCUCCAUUCUGCUUUUUGCAUUGGACGAUCAAAGUAGUCUGGUGAAAUGAGAUCAGAUUCCGUUUCAUAUAAUUCUGGUAAUCUUUCCAAUCCUAAAAAUUCCCUACGCAUGCGAUCAAUAUCGUGUUUUAGAGGUUGAUAAUCAUUAUUAUGGAUUAAUUUUGCAGUCUCUCUUGCUUUGUUUCUGGCUUCUUCUGCUUGUUUAAUGACAGUCUCCAUCUAUCACAGUUACAUAAACAGUUACACCUAUAAUCUAGAACAAAGAUAUUAGGUUUAUAUUUAAUUAUACCGCGUUUAUAUCUGCAUGUAUUUGUCUUAAUUCUUCGACAUGUGCCAUUUUUUCUUGCAUAAGAAGAUCCAUUUCCUGUUUGUACUCCAGUAAACAUUUUUCUUCCUGUUCAGUUUGUUCUACCUCUUGCAGGAUUCUUUGCUUCAUUUUCUCCAGUUGAAGUGUUUUUGAUUUGAUGUCUUUCAGUGCUUCCAGUUUUGCAAAAAUGACCGUAGUCUCGGUGGCUGACAUUGUUAAACGCUUCUUGAUACUUUUGUUUAGAGAAGUCCUGUCAAAUGAAGGAUACUAGCUUGUUUAUUAAAUAAAUGCAGUGGAUUUGGAAGCGAAAUUCCUUUCGUCAAGGCAUGGUGGACGAGAUAUUUAACGUAUAAUUAUUAGGAUAUUAUAUGCACAGCACUUUCAUUGAAAAACGAACGAGUUCACCGGGCUGGUAAUUAUAUGUUAUCAAAAAUUAACUAAUUCCGUUGACAUUCAACACAAUGAACAUAAUUCAUACCAUAAAUCACAGUGACAAGUAUCUUUUGAUAGAUCAGAAACAACGAAUUUCAAGAUGCAGAUGAAUGCGUGCGCCAUACAACGAUACAUCGACGAACUAACGAAAGAUAAAAAGAGCGGUUUACUUUGAAAUAAAGCAUGCCAUUAAGAACGUUUCUCUGAUGAGGAUAACUACAUGUAAUGUCUCGCAAGACUAUGCAGUACGUACACAGUCAUGACCGGAACAAAUAAAGAACUGUUGCUUUUGCUUUCUUCGACGUAUCAGCGGGAAGAAGUGGCGUUUGUAGAAGGACGCAACGAAAACAAGCGGAUAUCCUCAUAAAUCGGAAUCGCAGAGAUACGGCGUGGAAGUCCAAUCAUCAGUCUUACAGAACGUCUCUCCUAUCCGUAGAUAAACAGAAAGCUGUUGACCGAACUUUUACAAUAAUCCAGAUAGAGAGAGAGAGAGAGAGAG